AUGCCACCGCUGGACCUAUUUACCAAAUUCUGCACCCUCUUGUAGGAUAAAGUCAUCCCCCACCCCUUAUCGGACAUAAUUAGACGACAAUGGAACUGUUUAUUUUUCAAAUGUAUUUCUAAUUUAAUAUGAAUUUCAUGACAUAAAAUGAUCCCCGAACAGGUUGCUGAGUUUUGCUAGAUUUAGAGAAAUUGAUUUGAAUAGUUGAUUAGUGAUAUGUAUUUGGUUCAAUAUAAUGCUGUGAUUAAAACUAGUGUAGCGUCAGUGUGUAUUGUUGUUUAGAAGGAUGACCUUAUUAAAGUAUGAAUAAGAUUCCUGUGGUAUUUGGACUCUUCUUCUUGUUUAAAUCAGAAAAUCAGAAUAUUACAGGAAAAAGGGACGACUCUUCCAUUAGGCAAGUUAUAAUUGUACAGAAAAAAUGUUGGCAACUCCUAAAGGGAAAAGUCAGUUAUUUUUGGCGUCCUCUCUUUGCGAUGGUUUAGAGGAUAAUAAUAUGAAGCAAGUUGCAACACUGUUACAAGUCAAAGAAGCAAAUCCAAAUGUGUUGAUUCCAUCGCAGGGCAUUACUCCCUUUCAUUUGGUUAUUGGUAACGACUGUGAGACAUUUGCAGAAGAAGUCACUAAAUUGUUUUUACGUCAUGGGGGGAAUCCUAAUAUUAGAUCUGUGGAUGGUAUGACUCCAGUCCAUGUUGCAGCUGCAUGGGGUCGAAUUAAAGUAUUGGAAAUUUUAUUAGCACAUGGUGGUAAUCCUUUAAGUUUAGAUGACGAUGGGUGUAGUCCAUUUCACUAUGCCUAUGAUGGAGCAUAUUACGAUGCAAUUGCAGUACUUGGAAAGUACUGUGGUGACGAGGAUGAAAUUGACAAUGACAAACCAAAGUAUAGGUUGACAUUAGAAAAAAUUCGAAUUAAUAAAGGAGACAUUGUGGAGGAGUACGUCGUCUCUGAUACUUCUGAGGAUGAAGUGAAAUCUGCAACAAAUAUGACAAGCUUUGUUUCGCCUCAAGAUGCGAAUAGAAAUACUCAUGACACAAUAACUACAGACGGCGAAGCCUCUCCUGUCAGAAGCUUUGUCACUCUUCGACGGCAUCAAUUAUGCCUUCCAAAGACUAAAGAGACGAGAGUAUCUAAGGCUAUUGACAUGACAGACAUUGAUUUCCAUCAGGUUGACCGAAGCGUCGAGGAUGAGAAACUUCUAGUCAAUAAAAUUAUAAAUCGACUUUCAGCAUCGUUUACUGACAAUUCGCCGAUAGUCUAUGAUUCCUUUGACGUCCCCGUCAAGGUUGAAGGAGAACGAAUGCCAAGGAUCAGUUCUCCGAAGAAUGAUAUUUAUGUUCCUCACACAAAAAGUGCAAAAGUCCCAACAAAAUUAAUAGAAACAAAAAGGGUACAGACACCUCAAUCUGUUAGGAAAAAAACUGGGACUCAGUUUUCUCACAAAAUUCCACUCAAAAUAGAGUCCAGGAAGAAGUCUGAGUCCGUGCAGAAGAAAACGCCCUGCAGCAUCUCUUCAAAUCUCCGCACUCCACGUAACAAAAUAUCUGUCAAAAAUUUGACAACAACUCCUAAUAGAUUGCCAACGAAAUUGACUUAUUCGCCAGAUUGUUCAAUUGUCAGCAAAUCUCCAAAUUUUAAAAUAACUCCAAGUCGCGAAAGGAAAGUAAUAGCUACGAAAACGCCAUCCUUGCAAAAAAGGAAUUCCCCAAAGGACGCUAGAAUGUGUUACACUUCUGGGCAACAAAGAACCCAAGCCAGGAUACCUUCGGGAUCAAAUUCACCAAGAUUCGUGAAGAAUUCUAAUUUACGAUAUCAGACUCCAAAAUCAGUAGGAAGAUCGCAACUUACACCAAAAAUUUUGAAGGAUCGACAAACUCCAAGAAGUGGUACUUCAAAGAAGACACCAAACUCUGUAAAUUCUAGAAAGAAACUUGAAAAGGUGACGCCACUGAAUAAAACUUAUUCCAAAAAAAAUCGAGUGCCAUUCUCUCCGAAGCUUGGUAAUGCUGUUUUACCGAAAAGUUAUAGAAAUUGUAUGUGCAAAGGAAUAGCCAUCAAGCUAGAGGAAUCUAUGUACGACGAAGAUGUUCAGACCAAGUGUCCACCUUGUCAUAUACAGGACAGCACUAUAGAUAGAUAUUCAAAUAGAGAAUGCGGAAAAAUGUCUGAAAUUCUUGCCGGUCAUUUGAACUCCUGGGGAAAUAUUGAACCGACCAAUGUGAAUGAAUCUAUGCAACAGAUACCUCAAGAUAAUGAUAGUGAUAGAAGAGUGUCUGUGCAAAAUAAUUUAUUACCGGGACUAAAUAGAAACCAUAUUCAAAUAUCAGGAAUUAAAUCUCUGUUAACCGAGGAGAGUUCGAUGGAGAGUUUAGUGGGAAGCAAACUUUUUGGAGUAAAUGUAGUAUCAAAUGGGAAUUCCGAUAUUUGUGAUAUAAACUACGACAAGAAAACAGUGAAUAAGUUACAAUGCAAAAGUAGAAAAUCUCCAAUUAAUCGCGUUUUUCAUCGGUACAGAAGUUCUACAAGUAGUGAUACAGAUAGACAGACGUUAUCAGAUUAUGGAAGUGGGAAUUAUUCUUGGUCCAGUAAUCAAUUCUGUGAUGAGGAGAGCAGCUGUAGAACACCUUGGGAUCCAAAAAUUAUAUCUGAAGACUCGAUGCAGAAUGAGGAAGAUCGUCAAUCCACCGAAUCGGCUACAUUUUCGGGUACGUUCAUGUCCUGUUAUGGAUCAUUUAUCAGUGUCGAGGAAGACUAUAAAUAUGAAGAUUCUGAGAUGGGUAUCGUUCUCUGGGAGCGCAGACUUCGCAUACCACCUCCUUGUGUGUUAAGCAAUAUGGAGCCAAAUAAGAAGUCAAAACCUAAAUCUAAUUGUAACACUAAUUCGGUAGACGAGAUAGCCGAUUAUCUUAAAAGAGAAUUGAAUAUUGAAGAAAAACCUAAAGUAAAAGGAGUCAAGAAAAAGAGCUCUCCAGCUUCGAAAAAUGAAAAUUUAAAGAAAGGUGCAAAAUACAACCCAAGAGAGGAUGAUAACAAUGCCACUUCUGAUUCAGUGGAGUAUUACAUAAUAAAGCCUCUCAAGAACCUGGAGAUGGGUCGCAAACUGGAAAUGGAGGCUUUUCAAGGCUUUACAAAUCCGAAUGAAAAUUCAAAGUUUGCUCGUGGUAAUCGGACUGGUCAAGCACCCAAGAAGGAGUUCUUUAAUUAUCUUCUCCUGGACUCAAGAGUCACUCAGGAUCUUCCUCGCCGGGGUAGAAACUUAUCGUUUGCUGACAGGUGGAAUAUAUUUUGUGAAGCCAUCUUCUACGUGGGUAAAGGUAAAAGCAAUCGGCCUUUUUCUCACUUUUAUUCAGCCACGCCUAUGUACGAUAAGGCAGUGUACACACAAAUUGCGGAGGAUGAAGCAUUAACGCGUGAGGCUUGUAUGAUUGAUGCGUUGGGUUUGCAGAAUUUAAAAAAUGAAAUUUCUGGAACGUACUACGGUCCGGCUCUUAAAUGGAGCAGUAAAGAUAAGUGCAAACUGGGCACAUUUUUAUUACAGGAAGCCUUGCAUAUUUUUAUGCAUGAAGGGGAAAGACAGAUUCAUAGGAAACACGUCUAAUUUUAGUACUAGAGCUUAAUAUAUAGAAUUAAUUAUAUCAAGAUUUUUUAUCGGUAUGAUUGUGAUAGAAAGUACAGAUACAGUAUAUUUCAUGUGCCUUGGAUGUAACUGUACAUAGUUUGUAACAGACAAGAAUAGCAAUUAUUCACUUGUGCAUGUGUAAGCAGAAAUAUAAUAGUUAUUAUCAUUGAUACUUGUUAUACUAGAUAAUUAAAUAUAAUAACGAGAACGCAAGUACUGAUCAAAUUUUUAAUAUUAUAAAAAUGUAUUAUAAUUAAAUCUUGUGAUACUGUUGAGUUGAUUUUAAACGUUCUAAAAGAAUGAGCACCAGACUGUGCAGUUUUCAUAUUGUAAAUAAAUAAUUUUAUCAAAA